CACCUUCCAUAUUUUCAUUUCUCAACCAAAACCUCCCCACCCUCUCAGCUCUGCUCUGCUGACUCUGCUCUCUUUGCUUCAAUGGAUUCCUGCAACUCCUCUCUCCGCAGUUGCUCCUCUUCUUUCGAUUGCCUCAUCUUCGAUUUGGAUGAUACUUUGUACUCUUCAAGCAUUGGUCUCGGUGAAGCUCUCAAGACGAACAUCGAUGAUUUCCUGGUUGAAAAAUGUGGGUUCCCGGAGAGCAAAUCUCCGAGCCUCCGAGUUCAGCUUUUCAAAAAGUAUGGCAGCUCCCUCGCCGGAAUACGAGCAUUAGGCUACGACAUUGAUGCUGACGAUUACCACAGUUUCGUGCACGGAAGGUUGCCUUACGAUCGAAUCAAAGCAGAUCAUCAGCUACGAAACCUCAUUCGCAGCAUCCCACAGAAAAAAAUCAUUUUUACAAACUCGGACAGGAACCACGCGUUGACGUGUUUGGAUCGUCUAGGAUUGAACGGCUGCUUCGAACAGAUCAUAUGUUUCGAGACGAUGAACCCCAAGCUAGCCGGGUCGACUCGGCCGGAUGAGUUCCCGGUGGUUCUGAAGCCGUCUAUGGAGGCCAUGAGGAUUGCCAUCGAAGCUGCGGAGGUUGAUCCUCGUCGAACGCUAUUUCUCGAUGAUAAUGUCCGAAACAUCGCUGCCGGGAAAGCCGUGGGUCUACGCACUGUUUUGGUUGGAAAGUCCGUGAAGACCAAAGAAGCAGAUUAUGUGCUAGAGAACGUAAAGAACUUGGCACAAUCAAUCUCGGAAGUGUGGGUAGGCAGAUCGGACGGUGGAAAUCACCGAGUCAGUGAUACAAGAAGCGACAUCGAGGUGGAUUCCAUUCGAACAACCACCGCCGUUGUAGCUUAACUCAUCAGCAUCCGCCAUUGGAACUCAUCGAUCUGGAUGUGUUUCGUUGCUUGCUUGGUUUCUAGGGGGUUGUGGGCAUGGACUUCGGUCCCCUUUUAUGUACAUUCUUUCAAUCAUGAUGAUAAUAUUGUAUAUUGUGUGCAUAAGUAUGGGUUGUGCAUAUGAACAUAAUGUACCAAAAUAAAAGUUCUUUUAUGCAAAA